CUGGUCGCGAGCUCCGCCUCCCGGGUCAGCCGGUCAGCUGAGCGCUGCAGUCCGGAGGCGGUGGGUCGCGGGGCGCCUCGUUUCCCGGAGCGCGACACAGCCGGCGAGUGGGCUCCGAGGGGCUUUGCCGGGUCGGUCGGGGUGGGGCGCCCGCUUGCUGUCACCGCAGCGGCCUCUCCAUGGCUUCCAUUUUGGACCAGUACGUGGACUCGCUAUCGCACGCCGCUUCCUCGCAGCAGAACCGCGCCAGCCUGGGCAUUCCGCAUACGGGAUAUGUGAAUGCUCGGUGGGAAAAGGAGACACCGAUUUUUAACAAACAGAGGAUUGAUUUCACCCCUCCUGAGAAGAUUAAUAGCCUUGUAGUCUCCUCCAACCAAUUGUGUAUGAGCCUUGGAAAAGACAUACUUUUUAGACUUGACUUGGCAAAAGCUGAUGAGCCUAACCAGGUAGAGCUCGGACGAAAGGAUGAGGCCAAAGUUUACAAGCUCUUUUUGGAUCACACAGGUUCUCACCUUAUCAUUGCCCUGAAUACCAAUGAAUGCCUGUAUCUGAACCGAAGUGCUCAGAAGGUGCGGGUCCUAUCCCGCUGGAAAGGUCAUUUGAUUGAAAGCAUAGGGUGGAACAAGUUAUUUGGUACAGAGGUUAACACAGGGCCCAUUUUGGUUGGAACCUCCCAAGGCCACAUAUACGAGGCUGAGAUUUCCAUCAGUGAAGGCAGCCUCUUUGGCACUAGCCCUGACCAAUAUUUCCGUCUCAUUUACAACCUCGAGGAGGAGGCAGGACCUGCCCCAGUCUGCUGUCUUGAGUUAGAGCGGGGCAUUGAUGGGAAGUGCUUCAUCAUUGCCACUACACGCAAGAGGCUAUUUCAGUUUGUUGGCAAGAUUCCAGAAGGAUCAGAGCAGCAAACCUUUGGUGCAAUCUUUAGCAUGCCUGUAGAUCACUUGCCUGGCUUCCGUGAGUUUCCAGCCAGCCUGGGCUACAGUGAAAUAGCCUUCUACACCCCAAAACUCCGCUCUUCACCAAGUACAUUUGCUUGGAUGAUGGGAAAUGGUGUCUUGUAUGGAUCCCUGGACUAUGGACGUCCGGACUCUGUGUUGAGUGAUGAGCAGGUCUGGGAGUAUCCUUCUGAUGUAGAUGCAGUUGCCAAUAAGCCCAUUUCUAUAGUCCUCACCCAGUUCCAUUUCCUGUUGCUGUUCCCUGACAGAGUGAAAGCCGUUUGCACUCUGAAUGGACAGGUGGUCUUCCAAGAUGUGUUCUUGGAAAAGUUUGGCUCGCUGAAGCGUAUGAUCAAAGAUCCUACCUUUGGCCAAAUCUGGAUUCACACAGAAAAGGUGGUGUUUCGAUAUAAUGUACAGCGAGAGUCCCGUGAUGUAUGGAAGAUGUACAUGAAUAUCAAUAAGUUUGAUCUGGCUAAAGAGUACUGCAGGGACCGUGCCGAGUGCCUUGACGUUGUGUUGGCAAAGGAAGCAGAAUACUGCUUCCAGAACAGGAGAUACAUGGAAAGUGCAAAGUGUUAUGCAUUGACGCAAAAUUAUUUUGAGGAAAUUGCCCUUAAGUUUAUUGAAGCCCAGCAAGAAGAAGCACUGAUGGAGUUUCUGAUUAAGAAACUGGCUAGUUUUCAGCCCUCUGAAAAGACUCAGACUACCUUGCUGACCACCUGGCUAACGGAGCUCUACUUAAAUCGGCUGGGUGUGUUGGAAGGCGAUGCCUCCAAGAGGGAUUUGUAUGAGAAGACCAGGGACAAUUUCCGCAGCUUCUUGGGCAGCCCCAGGAAUGAAAAGUGCCUGUUCAACAACCGAGCCACUAUUCACGAGCUCUUGGCCAGCCAUGGGGACACUGAGCACAUGGUGUACUUUGCAGUCAUAAUGCAAGACUAUGAGCGGGUGAUAGCCCAUUACUGCCAACACGAAAAUUUCAAUGAAGCACUAGAAAUCUUGUCCAAAAUCAAGGAUAAUGAUCUCUUUUACAAGUUUUCUCCCAUUUUGAUUCACCAUAUCCCCAAGAAAGUGGUGGAUGCUUGGAUUGAAAUGGGCAAGAAACUGGAUGCCAAGAAGCUCAUCCCUGCCCUUGUUAACUACAGUCAGAGUGGGAGCACCCAGCAGGUCAACGAAGCCAUUCGCUACAUGGAGUUCUGCGUGACUGAGCUGGAGGAAACUCAGCAGGCAAUUCACAAUUAUCUGUUGUCCCUCUAUGCUUCGUGUCGCCCGGACUCACUGUUGUCGUACCUGGAACAAGCAGGAACCUAUGCUGACAAUAUCCACUAUGACCUGAAAUACGCACUUAGGCUCUGUGCAGAACAUGGACACCACCGUGCAUGUGUCCAUGUGUACAAAGUUAUGGAAAUGUAUGAGGAAGCUGUGGGUCUUGCUUUACAGGUCGAUGUAGAUUUAGCAAAAUCCUGUGCAGAUCUUCCUGAGGAAGACGAGGAGCUGAGAAAGAAACUCUGGCUGAAAAUUGCACGGCAUGUGGUCCAGGAAGAGAAGGAUGUGAAGAAGGCCAUGGCGUGCCUUUCCAGUUGUGACCUGCUGAAGAUCGAAGAUAUCCUACCCUUCUUCCCAGACUUUGUCACUAUUGAUCACUUCAAGGAAGCCAUCUGCAACUCUUUAGAAGCCUAUAACAAGCACAUAGAGGAGCUAAAGAUGGAGAUGGAAGAAGCAACCCAGAGUGCCAAAAGGAUACGUGAAGACAUUCAGGAAAUGAGAAACAAAUAUGGCUCUGUGGAACCACAGGAAAAAUGUGCUGCAUGUGAAUUUCCCCUUCUAAAUCGUCCCUUUUAUCUUUUUCUCUGUGGCCACAUGUUCCACUAUGAUUGCCUUCUCCAGGCAGUUUAUCCCAACUUGCCUGCUUAUAAGCAAGCUAAAUUGGAGGACCUUCAGAAGAAGCUUUCAGCUACAAACCAACCCUCCAAAUCCCACCAUCGUUCUAAGGACACAGAUAAUGCUGGUCAAGGGAAAGGCCAGCCAAGCAGGGAACAGAUGAAAGCUGAUAUUGAUGAUAUUGUGGCACCUGAAUGUGUAUAUUGUGGAGAACUAAUGAUCCGAUCAAUUGACAAACCUUUCAUUGAUCCACAAAGGUAUGAUGAGGAGAUGCAGAGCUGGUUGUAGGAACAAGACAUUGUUGCCUGUGCAAGAGCAUGAAACCACCCGCUUGGCAGCUAAUCUCCAGGUAUCUGAAACACAUGAAAUCUACAGAGAUUUGAUAUAACGAGCCUCUGUUUAUGUGAGUUAGCUCUAUGGAGUAAUGCCUUUGUUUUUGACUUCAGGCCGCCAAGCAUUCAAGAUGCUGGGGACAUUCUCGAUAUAAAUUCAGAAUGGACCCUUGUUGAGAGAACCAACAAUUGUGGCUUGUGUUAUAUCUGAAUGAUUGCCAUUUUUCUGUAAACUAGUAGGGAUGGCCAGAUAUGAAAACAUGUAUUGGUUUCAAAGGUGGAAUUUCUCCUUUUUCAUACUUGGUACUAAGACUGAAACCAUGUCCUCUCUGCAACAUGAAGGAGGAUAGUUGUGAACAAAAUUCUUUUACUGAACACACAUCCAUUAUAUUAGUCGUAAAGUGUCAGAGUGUUCAGUUUUCAGGCAAAGUAAUUCCUUGCAAAGGCUACUUUACUUUUUUGUUUUGUUUUUGUUUCAGGACUAUUUUGCCUCUGGUUUCCUAAAUAUUUAUUUUGGGUAACUGAAAUGCAUUAAUUUUUUUGUAUGGUUUCUUCAUGUUUUUGGAAUCAAAUACAUUAUAGUGUUGUUCACUGAGAGUAAUUUGCAGAUCUCAGAUGAAAGUGAUCUAAUUUUGCUAGUGGUUGUUCCCAAGUGAAAUCUAUGCUAACGUUGAAUCCCCAACUUGAGCUUCUCCCAUUGUCCUAAUUAGAUCUGCACUUGCCUGCUGGUGGUCUUAAUAGCAUCCCUCAUACACUGCUCUCUGCAUAUUUUUUCUGGAGCUUAAAAAAAUUGGAAGCUCUUGUGAAACUCAUCAGCCAUCACCCCUAUGAUUUGAUCAGAACCAUUUGAUAUGAAUUUUAGUUUAAAGGUUACAAUGUUUAAAAGAUUUUAGGAAGAUCAUCUAAUUGCUACAAUAGUUGGGUGGAUGUUCAGAGCUAAAAAUUAAUUUCGCCAGGUCAAAAGGAUAUAAUCUUCUAUGCUAGAACUAGAUUUUGGGUGGCAAGAAAUGUUACCUAAGGAUGUUACCAGGACAAUAUUUCAUAUUGGGUGUGGGUCUGAAAUGCUUUGAAUCAUGUAUUAAAUCUGUGCCAGAAUGUUUCUGUAGCAAAGCUCCUUCUGGGUGUACUUUGGUUACUAAUUGCCAUUGAUUUUCAUUGUUGUUGUUGCAUAUUUAAAAUCUGUAAAGUUUACCUUUCCAUUUUUGUUUGAUGCUUGGAGUAUAUAUAUUUUUGGAUUUUGGUGAUAUUAACAACUGAGGGCCUGCAAAAAUUAAUUAAAAAUAUUACUUGGGCACAAAUAUUCAUCUACAGUCUGAAAACAAGGAAUCGUGCAUAACUAAAUCCAGAGUUUGUUAAUGUAUACUUUCCAGAUCUAUAUAUUAUGAUUAUAUUUAGCAUUCCUUGCUGUUAGUAUUCAUUAUCCUUAUUAAAGAUAAGAUUCCACUAAAUAAAACA